AACGUGCUGUCGUUCUAGGGCAAGGAAAUCCAACUGGACGCUUAGUGAACACACGGCGUUUGCGGCAGCAGAUCCAGGGAAAGGAGCCUGUUUGCAUUUCACUUCUAUUAAAAGACAAUGGAGGCGGAAAUCGAGCAGCAGGAAGACGAAACCACGUUCAGCAAUACUGACACUAAUGGUAAACGCCCAGCUGAGGACAUGGAUGAGGAGCAGGCCUUCAAACGUUCUCGUAAUGCAGAUGAGAUGGUGGAGCUGCGAGUGCUACUUCAGAGCAAAAAUGCAGGUGCUGUCAUCGGAAAAGGUGGCAAGAACAUAAAAGCUCUACGCACAGAUUACAAUGCCAGUGUAUCAGUCCCUGACAGCAGUGGCCCAGAGCGGAUCCUCAGUGUGAGUGCCAACAUUGACACUAUUGGAGAGAUUCUGCUGAAGAUCAUACCCACUCUAGAGGAGUAUCAGCAUUACAAUGGGAUAGAUUUUGACUCUGAGCUGCGCCUGCUGAUCCAUCAGAGUUUGGCAGGAGGUAUCAUUGGGGUGAAAGGUGCCAAGAUAAAGGAGCUGAGAGAGAACACCCAGACCACCAUAAAGCUCUUUCAGGAGUGCUGUCCCCACUCCACUGACAGAGUGGUAUUGGUUGGGGGCAAGCCAAAGCGUGUUGUAGAAUGCAUCAAAGUCAUCCUUGAACUGGUGUCCGAGGCUCCAAUCAAAGGUCGUGCACAGCCCUAUGAUCCCAAUUUCUAUGAUGAGACAUACGACUAUGGUGGUUUCACUAUGAUGUUUGAGGAGAGAGGUCGCCGACCCAUGGGUGGCUUCCCUAUGCGUCCGCGGGGAGGCUUUGAGCGCAUGCCACCUGGUCGUGCAGUCAGACCCAUGCCUCCUUCCAGAAGGGACUAUGAUGACAUUAGUCCCCGCCGUGGUCCUCCACCACCCCCGCUGAGCAGAGGAGGGCGAGGGGGCAGUAGGGCACGUAACCUACCACUUCCUCCACCACCACCACCAAGAGGAGGAGAUAGGUUCUCACAUGGCAGCUAUCAUGGAAGCAUGGAUGACAGACCAACUGACAGGAGAGGCAGACCAGUAGAUCGUUAUGAUAGCAUGAGCGGAGGAGGAUAUGACAAUUCUUCCUGGGACCACUAUCAGCCUGGUGGCAGAGGCUCAUACAGUGACAUUGGAGGUCCCGUCAUCACAACACAAGUCACUAUCCCUAAAGAUCUGGCCGGCUCCAUAAUUGGUAAGGGUGGCCAGAGGAUCAAGCAGAUCCGCCACGAGUCCGGGGCGUCCAUCAAGAUUGAUGAGCCACUAGAGGGCUCUGAGGACCGCAUCAUCACCAUCACAGGAACACAGGACCAGAUCCAGAAUGCCCAGUAUCUGCUGCAGAACAGUGUGAAGCAGUACUCUGGGCGAUUCUUCUAGAGAAAGGAGAGGAACAAAGCCAUACUGCCAUACCCCCUGUGCUCCUUCUAUUCAGAGUCUACAUUCCUCUGCUUUGGGUAGAUGUGCCCCAACACCCCAUUACCACAAAAACCAUCAGCUAUCUUAAAACAUUUUUAUUCAUAAGAUUCGAAAAACUUCUUAAAUCAUGUGUGAAUAGCCUUUUUCCUGUGCCGGUGAUCAUGAUUUUUUUUCUGGAUUGUUGUACUGUAAUUGGAGUAAAUACAUCUAUGUACUAACUUUCGGUCUUGUGAGCCGCCCCCGCACCUUUUCUCCCCUUUUCAGUACAGCAUGCAGAAUGUAAUUUUGUUUUGUGAGAAACUUUUUAUGAUUUUUACUUUUUCUUGCAUUGGCACAUUUCCUUAACUAAAAUGCUGGUCUCAAAACAGUUACAAAUGAAGGGUUAGGCUUUAAAUACUUAUUUUGCAAAAGCAUCCUAAUAACACUGUAAAAUAGAGAGCUGUUUUGAGAAUAUCGGCUCUAGUUUGGUGAAUGUGCUACAGUAAUAGUGGGAAACUUAGAACAUUUUAAGACUAUUUUAUUGUUCAUUAAAAGACAAACUGUAUAAAAGUGCGUGGGUGUUUGUGUAUAUGUUUGUAAGUUCUUACGGUAAAAUCGGCCCGAGUGGUUCUGGAAGACACGUGGGGCCACAAGAUUCAUCCGGUGAAUUUUAUUCAUUAAUUUUGUGAUUCCUUUUCUGCUAAUCACCAGAAUGGACUUACUGUAAUACAUCCAUAUUUAAUCACUGAUGUAUUGAAUCAAUUUGUUAAUGCAUAAAUUUAUUUUAGCCUAGUUUUUAGGCUUUUUAAAUGUAUCAAAGAAAGGUGAAUCAGUUCUUCUGGACACAUCUGUUGAGAGAAACGUUUC